UACCAAUGCGUACUAAUACAGAUAGUCUAUUGAGGCAAAUAAUAGUAAGUUAUGGCGUUAAAAGUCCUUUCUGCUCUUGACACGGCGAAGACGCAGUGGUACCACUUCAAGGCCAUCAUCGUCGCCGGCAUGGGCCUCUUCACUGACGCCUACGACCUGUUCUGCAUCCCUCCCAUCUUGCGACUCCUCGGCCGCGUCUACUACCAGAAAGACCGAAUCUUCCGAGACAAUAGGUUCGACAACAACGACAAUAACUUCUUCGUUCGCAUUGAUGUGGCUACGGCGCUCUUGUGCGUCUCUCUCCUGGGAACCGUCAUCGGACAGCUCGUCUUCGGAAGACUAGGGGACCGAAUCGGAAGGCGCCGCGUGUACGGGCUGUCCCUGAUGGUGAUGGUGCUCAGCGCCCUAGGAUGCGGCUUCUCCGUGUGCACGUCGCCGGGCUGCGUUCUGGUGAGUCUUGGGUUCUUUAGGUUCCUACUGGGGAUCGGGAUCGGAGGGGACUAUCCGCUCUCCGCCACCAUCAUGUCGGAGUUUGCCAACAAGAGGACACGCGGUUCGUUCAUAGCAGCCGUGUUUUCCAUGCAAGGGUUUGGGAUUCUGGCUAGCUCCAUCGUGACGAUGACGGUGUGCGGGAUCUUCGACGAAGCGUCGAAUGCGAAGGGGACGGAGAAGACUCCCAGCCAAGCUGACGUCGCAUGGAGGCUGAUACUGAUGCUGGGCGCCAUUCCUGCUGCCAUGACGUAUUAUUGGCGUAUGAUGAUGCCUGAAACUGCCAGAUAUACAGCACUGGUUGAGCUAAAUGUCCUCCAAGCGGCAAAGGACAUGGAGAAAGUGUUGGAUGUCUCAAUGAGUCAAAUUGUAGAAGAUGAAUCAUUGCCAUUGCCACAAGAUCCACCAUCCUAUCCCCUUCUCUCCAAGCAAUUUUUACGUCUCCACGGCCGCGAUCUCUUCGGUUGUUCUGCUUCAUGGUUUCUUGUCGAUGUUGUCUUCUACAGCAGCAACCUUUUCCAAUCUCAAGUAUAUGGAAAAUUCCUCCCGAAAAAAUACAAAGCCAACGCCUAUCAAGAUGCUCUAUUUGUUGCACUGCUGCAAGCCAUAGUUGCAAUGUGCUCAACAAUUCCAGGCUACUGGUUCACUGUCUACUUCAUCGAUCGAAUUGGAAGACGCAAAAUCCAAAUGAUGGGUUUUCUUGUCAUGGCAUUGGUUUAUUUCGCGCUAGGGAUACCCUACAAGUUUUAUUGGGUAAAGCAUGUCAAUGCAGGCUUCAUGGUCCUCUACGGCCUCACUUUCUUCUUCGCAAAUUUUGGACCAAACACCACUACUUUUAUAGUGCCUGCUGAACUUUUUCCGGCAAGAUUCAGAUCGACUUGUCAUGGGAUAUCAGGGGCUGCUGGGAAGGUAGGGGCCAUUGUUGGAGUUAUAGGGUUUGCGUUUGUCUCACAUGGUAAAACAGAGGAGCAUCCGAAAGCGGUAGAGAUGACGGUCUCAUUGGUAAUUUUGGGCGGAGUUUGCAUUUUGGGAAUGGUGGUAACGUAUUUUUUCACACCCGAAACCAAUGGCAAAUCACUAGAAGAGAAUGAGGAAUAUGAUGAAGAGUAACUGCUGCCGCUUAAGAAUUAUAAUGCUACUCGGCCCAUUUAUUUGUAUGAUCAUUUGUAACAUCUUUAAUAGAGUAUGAUCCACUACACAUGCAUGUUCUAUCUUUACUGGAAAGAUAGUACAAAUGAUGAUACAAGUAGAUGGUAAAAAUAAUAUUUUUGGAUAAUUUUUCCUUCAACAUGUGUUUUAAUUAUGUUUAGAAUUAUGCAUAUGUCUAUGUCCCGUACAUUAAUUAUAUGCUCAGAUUUGAGUGAGAUAAAACAUAAGUAGUGGAUUAUAUAUAUA